GAACCGCAGCAAGAUGAACCAGAUCUUGGUGGUGAUUCUGCUGGCAAUUAGCUGCUGCUCAUUGUCCGUGUUUUGCAUUGAGGUGCAGACCGACUUGGGACGCGUGCGGGGUGCCACACUCACCUCCAGAUUGGGUGUGCCCUUCCACGCCUUUCGUGGCAUACGCUAUGCAGAGCCGCCGUUGGGUGCUCUGCGUUUCCUCAACCCCAAGCCCGUGAAGCCUUGGUCGCCGAGUGUCUUUGAUGCGACGGAGGAUGGACCGAUGUGCCCCCAGCCGUGGGACAAUCUGACAGACGUCUCCGAGGACUGUCUGCGCCUCAAUGUGUACACAAAGUGUGUGCAGAGUCGCAAGCCAGUGAUUGUGUUCCUUCAUCCCGGCGGCUUCUAUGCGUUCUCGGGUCAGAGCAAGUAUCUGGCCGGCCCGGAGCCUCUGAUGGACAGAGAUUGCGUGCUGGUGUCAAUAAACUAUCGACUGGGCAGCCUGGGCUUCCUGGCCACCGGCACUGCCGACGCACCCGGCAAUGCCGGACUCAAGGAUCAAGUGCUGGCCCUACGCUGGAUCCAACGGCACAUCCAUCGCUUCGGUGGCGAUCCCCAACAGGUGACACUGCUGGGCUACAGUGUGGGAAGCAUCAGCAUUGGACUGCACAUGCUGUCGCCCAUGUCGCGUGGUCUCUUCCAUCGUGGCAUCUGCAUGAGUGGCUCGCCCUAUGGCCAGUCAAAGUACCAGCGCACAGACCUGCAGCUGGCGCAGCGGCAGGCGAGGCUACUGAAGUGUCCGCAGGAGCCGGCAAGGCAGCUGGUGGAUUGCCUGAGGCGGAAGCCCGCCCUGGAUUAUGUGAACACGUCCAAAGGCAUGUUUGAGUACGGCGGGACUCCUGUGCUCAACUGGCAAGUGGUGAUCGAGCAGGACUUUGGGCAGGAGCGUUUCCUCGUGGAGGAUCCCUACACGACCGCCCUGAGGGGGGACUUCUACAAGGUGCCCCUCAUCACGGGCAUUACCGAGUUUGAGUUUCUAUUCGCGGCAUUCUUUGACUUGAAUGACGCGAGCAUCAUUGGCAACUACAACCGAGACUGGGAGCACUAUGCACCGAUUCCACUGCUGUACGAGCGUGACACGGACCACUCACGUGCCGCCAGUCGCGUGCUGCGUGAGAAGUAUUUGGGCAAUGUCCAGAAAUUGGAGUAUCCACAGUCCCUCAAGGGCUGGGGCGAACUCUACAGCGAUGCUCUGAUUGGUGUGGCCUUCAAUCGCUUUGUGCGCUUGAUGGCGCCACACACACCCGUCUAUGUGUACUUGUUUCGGUAUAAGGGCAGAUACAGCUUCUUCAGAAAUCAUGAAGCAACGGGACCUGUGCAUCAUGAUGAACUCAUUUAUCUGUUCCAUUUCUCGCUGGUGGGUCCUCUGCUCAAGCGCGAGGAUCCCGAGAAUCAAACGAUCGAGCGCCUCACACGCAUGUGGACGCAGUUUGCCGCCAAGGGGGAUCCCCACAACAAGACCGAUGAGUACCUAAAAGAUCUGCACUGGCCACUGUAUAAUUGUAGGGAAAACAACUUCCUUGAAAUCGAUACUCAGCUGACGGCCAAAACUGGUGGCUUUCAUUUGGAGAGAUAUCAGGUGUGGGACGAGCUGUUCCCCAUGCCUACUUCGUAGGGCAUGUAAAAUGUAUAUAAAGGGUAUAUAAAAGGGCAUUUAAAGGGCAUUUAAAGGGUAUUUAACACAUGUUAUAGAUGCAUAAAGGGUUAUAAAGCAAUUUGUAUACUCAAAUUAAAUAUGCAACACGCUUAUA